AUGUAUGUGUGUUCUAAUUGUAUCAUUCGUUUAUCCUUUGCAACAUAUCCUUAUGUCAAAUGUUUUGUAACGAACAAUCAUUUAUGGAUGACAAAACGUUUGUUAACUGUGGGUAUUCACAGUCCAAUUAAAAGCUUAUUAUUAUCGAAUAAUAAUAAUUAUGUGUCUAACAUUUUGGCAGUUUUCUCUAUUUCGAGGACAAUCCAUACAUCAUCGAUAAAACAUAAAAAAGAUUAUUAUGAAGUAUUAGGAGUAUCGAAGUCAUCUACAGCAAAAGAAAUAAAAAAAGCUUACUAUCAAUUAGCUAAACAAUAUCAUCCAGAUACAACCAAAGAUAAUAAGGAUCCAAAUGUAGCAAAAAAAUUUCAGGAAGUUUCCGAGGCCUAUGAAGUACUAAGUGACGAUGGCAAACGGCAACAAUAUGACAUGUACGGAAUGAGCAGAGAUCCAUUUGGAGCUGCACCUCGAAGAGGGCCUGGACCUGAUCCAGGACAGGACUUUAAGGGUUAUGAAUAUUAUCAAAGUCAAGUUGAUCCAGAAGAAUUAUUUAGGAAAAUUUUCGGUGAUGCAUUUCAUCGUGGAGGUUUUGGUACUCAAAAUUCGAUGAAUGAUCAAGAUGAUAACAUCUUCGGCAAACAAGGAAUAAAUCAGCUUGUUUUGGAUUUAAGUUUUGAAGAAUCCGUACGUGGUUGCAACAAGAAUGUUAAUUUGAAUAUUGUUGAUGUGUGUAAGGAAACAGUUCAAACUGGACCAUUUUUUAUGCGUUCCACAUGUCGUACUUGCCAUGGAAGUCGAGAAACAAUACCAAAACCAUGUUCUGAAUGUAAUGGAAAAGGAAAAACAGCACAGAAAAAACAAACAUCAAUUUCAAUACCAGCGGGUGUGGAAGAUGGACAAACAAUGAGACUAAAUUUAGGUGUACAAGAAGUAUUUAUUACGUUCAGAGUGAAAGCCAGUGAUAAAUUUCGACGAGAUAAGGAAGAUAUUCAUAGUGAAAUCAGCGUAUCUAUAGCACAAUGUGCACUUGGUGGAACAAUCAAAGUUCCAGGUAUUCAUGAAGAUCAUCUUCUACAAGUACCUGCUGGAACUCAGUCGCAUCAACGUUUUCGACUAAUUGGCAAAGGCAUCAAACGUAUUCAUAGUCCAGGAACAGGUGAUCACUAUGUUCAUAUCAAAAUAAAAGUGCCAACUCGGUUAUCUUUGGAACAAAAAGCGCUAAUGCUCUCUUACGCAGAAAAUGAUAAAGACAUUGAAGGAACAGUGAACGGUUUAACACAAACAAAAACGGGUAAUCGGGUAAUAAAUGAAGAUGAUUAUCCCUUAUUGAAAUCAAUUCGAUCUGCUCUGUUAAAUUUACCAAUUGGUUCAAAAAAAGUAGCUGAUAACAUAGAUGAAAAAGAAACAGAUACGCGGCCGAGAAAAACACGAAAGAAAACAGAACAAAAAAGUGGUUAG